AUUUUCAGUAGCAUUUCAAAAUUGUUCGUAGACAGAUAUUACAAGAUCACGUUACUUAAAAAAAAAAAUCAAAUAAAUCCAAAAAAAAAGGUAACAUUUGAUAACCUACAUCACAAGAUGAGCAAAUACUUCAAUACCGAGAUCCUCAAGAUGCUGGUGGCCCAGGCGCCGGCCGAUGAACACGACAUCUCCAAUGAUCGCUUCGCAGCCAUGGAAACAGCGGGUCAGUGCCUGAUGUUCGUCUCCUCUGAUCCCAAGAAGGAACUACAUCCACGGAUUGUGAAGGUUACCCUGCGGCAAUUGUUUCAAAAGGAGGCCAAGGAGCACGGUUGCAUCGUAAAGAUCCGUGAAGAGAUGGCGCAAAAGGAUCAGGGGCAGGUGAAUAAGCAUCAGAAGUUCCCCAGAGACGAGGAGUACGAUGAGGAUUCGGCUAUGAAAAACAGCAAACGACUAGAACGCGCCAGGGGCGGCCUUAACAUCACCUUUGAUCCCAAGAUGCUGUUCUCGAAUGACUCAUGGACCAGAUGUCCGGACCAGGGCCAUGGUAAAUUAAAGAUACUACACCGCAACCUCAAGCCCAUUUACAGCUCCCAGACUAGCGAGGACAGUGGGGGAUCAGUGUAUGUUUCGUUGGACGAAUACAUAAAGAUGAAGGAUAAAAAUCGGACUUUGCUAAAGAGCCAUGAGAAAAUCCAGAUGGAUGAUAGAAUGAAGAGCGAAAAGGAUCCCCAAGAGGUCCGCCAGCAGGCGACGGAAGUAACUCUGCAGUCGCUGCUGAGGCAAACGUUCCAGCUGUGCUCCAUACACAUGAACAACCUGACGGAGUUCCUCAAGGAGUUCAUGGAUCAGCCCCACAUGGACAAUCUGUCGCACUUCACCAGGGAGUUUUUGGGCCUGCCCCAGCGGUUGGAAAAUGAGGACGGAUUGAAUCUCGACUCCGACGACGAGGGGGUGGACUGGCUUAACCAGAAUCCUUUCACCAGUGCCCACAGGUUUCGGGUGGCCGAUCAGCCAGAGGACAGUCCAGAGGAUUCCCCCAGCCGCCUGAAGCGAUUCCGAGCCAUCCUGCGUUCGUGUCUAAACUCCAUUGGCGAGUUCUUCUCCACCUGGGACCAGGAAACCUUUCGGUCCUGGUUGAAUCGUGAGGAUCCUCUGCUUUUAGGGCACAGCAGCGAUCACUCCUUCCUAUUACUGGUUGACCGCCUCAUGCUCGCAGUCAAGUGGGCUAUAAAAAUGGAGGAGUUACAAGCCGCAACUCGGGGGCAGCCAGGGCAAAUGGGGCUGGAGCCAGCUGCCUUCGCGCUGGAGACCGAAAGGGACCAGCAGCUGAGAAACGAACCCAAUUAUCGCAGGAUCUCCAGCCGGUCUUUGACCCGUUUGAUGACCUUGCUCAAUUCGGUGGAUGCGCACAACGCACAGCCCCUGUACUUGGUAACCCAGAGGAAGGGCCGCCAGUGCUGAUCCACAUCUCCGUUGUAUAUUCAAUUCCUUGUGGCCAAAAUCAUAAGUAAACACAUCGGAUGACCGGCUUUCUUAACCAUCGACUGACUAACCUUGAGUCCCGCUGGCUCCAGGGCGGGCGUGACGACGGCGGCGGGAUUUAGCUCGAUGUUAAUGUUGUUGGGCUCCAUGAUGAGGCCCAGGCUCUGCAGAUUGCACACCUCCGGCAGCUGGAGGGUGGGCGUGGGCACCUUGAGCACCGCCACGGUGCAGUCGAUGCUCGACGCCGUCACCGUCGCAGUGGCGGGCAGCGUCUCCGGCAUGCUGGCCACCGCUUCAGACGGCACCGCCCGCUGCUCCCCGGCGCUGCUCCGCCUGCUGAUUCCUAUGCUGACUCCGAUCUUGACUGAACUGGUACUCUUCGUCAAAGUCCUGCAAGAGAUUAGAAAGCCGUUAGUUUUCAAAAUUCAAAUAAUCAUUUUAAUAUUAGAGAGCUAAAUGAAGCACAUGCCUAAAAGUAUAAGGUAUUUAUUUGGAAUAGGUACAUAUUUAUGUACUAGUUGAAUACAAAAUUAUGGUGCAAGUGCCUAAAAGUA